ACUAAGGUCACGGGUUUGUACUGGAUUUGUUUCAGUGUUGUGUAGGCGAUCAAUGUGACUGACACGACCAAUAAAAUCUUUAGAAUCUGUGGUGGGCAGGGUUUGUACUUUAACUGUGUUAAAAAGGUGAGGAAUAUUCACAUCAUCCUUCAUGACAGGUACAAGCUCCAGGUGCAGCAGGUGAAAUCUGUGACAUGGUAAAGAUGGAGUUUGUUAAAGAGGCGAUUGAAGACACGAGUGAUCCAGAACCAUCCAGAAUAAAACAUGAAGAUACCGAGGAACAAACAGACUGGAUUGAAGUAAAACAGCAAAGACAUGAGGUGAAUGAAGUGGAAGAGGAACACUGUAAAAUCAAAACUUCAAGAAAAAAAGCCAAACAGCUGCACACCUGCUCACAGUGUGGAAAGAGUUUCAGAGACAAAGAAAACCUUAAAGGACACAUGAGAAUCCACACUGGAGAGAAACCAUACACAUGCCCUCAGUGUGGAAAGAGUUUUGCUGAUGCAGCAAAUCUCCGUAAACAUCUGCUCUUUCACUCUGAGGAAAAGCCAUUUAACUGUGAUCAGUGUGGUAAAAAGUUUAUUUCACCAUCAGGUCUAAAAAGUCACAUGACAAUUCAUUCAGAUGAGAAGCCUCAUGUGUGUUCUUUCUGUGGAAAGAGUUUUUCAUGGCUGGUCAGUUAUAAACAGCACCAGAAAAUGCAUAAUGAAGUGAAAGAUCAUGUGUGUUGUGAGUGUGGGAAGAGCUUUACUAGAGUUUGCAAUCUGAAACGGCACCAAAUGAUUCAUACUGGAGAAAAACCUUACAAGUGCUCACAUUGUGACAAGAGUUUCACUCAGUCUGGAAGCCUGAAAGCACAUCUGCGACUUCAUACUGGAGAGAAGCCGUAUCACUGUAUUCAGUGUGGAAAGAGUUUUACUGCAGCAGCAGGUCUCAGUUAUCAUCUACACAUUCCUUCUGGAGAAAAGCCAUUUAGCUGUGAUCAGUGUGAUAAAAAGUUUAUUUCAUCAUCAUGUCUAAAAAGUCACCUGACAGUUCAUUCAGAUGAGAAGCCUCAUGUGUGUUCUUACUGUGGGAAAAGUUUUUCAAGCCUGCGUAGUUGUAAAAAGCACCAGAAAACACAUGAUAAAAGAUCAUGAUGAGAGAUCGUGUGUGUUGUGAGUGUGGAAAGAGCUUUUCUACAGCUGCCUAUUUGAAACGACACCAAAGGA